AAAACUGCUACAUAAGAGACUGCAGCUGCCGCUGAAGCUUUGUAAUAGCUUAGUAACACUGUCUAGUCAUGUCUGGCCGAGGCAAGGGUGGCAAAGGACUAGGUAAAGGGGGCGCCAAGCGCCACCGCAAGGUGCUGCGAGAUAACAUCCAGGGCAUCACCAAGCCCGCCAUCCGGCGCCUGGCCCGGCGUGGCGGCGUCAAGCGCAUCUCCGGCCUCAUCUACGAGGAGACCCGCGGGGUGCUGAAGGUGUUCCUGGAGAACGUGAUCCGGGACGCCGUCACCUACACCGAGCACGCCAAGCGCAAGACCGUCACGGCCAUGGACGUGGUCUACGCGCUCAAGCGCCAGGGACGCACCCUCUACGGCUUCGGCGGUUAAGCUUUCCUCUUGUUUCUGGCUAAGAAGCCCCAGCUUAUUAACAAAAGGCCCUUCUCAGGGCCACCCA